UAUCCAUGGUAAAAUUGAGAGCAAUUGGAUCUACACUCUCUCUUAUGCACUGUAAAAUUUGAUCACGGAUUUGAAUGCAAGAGAAACUCUCGCAGUUGCUGCUACUAAAUUAAUUUCUUCCAAAUCUCUGGCGCCGGUGCCGGAAUCCGGAGCUAGUUUGAACUCAGGUAGACGAAUACAAGCUUCUUCAACAGUUGUACUAUUUCAUAAUCGCGAAAACCAAACUUCAUGAUAUGGUAGAGAGAAACAAACGUCGGAUCUGAUAAUAUUAUACUUAGAUGGGAAGAGCGACGGCCACCGUCAAGUACAAAUCGACUACCAAAUUAGUGUUCAUAUGCGUCGGGCUUCUUGGAGCUGUCCUACUUAUCGAUCUACUUUGGGCAUCGUCUUCAUCUCGUUCCGCCAUUUCCGUCGCAUCUAAUUUGUUUCCCAAAACCUCCGAUGGAUUCGUCCUACUCUCUCCUAAAUUCAACGACAAGAAUUCAUCAAUUCAUAGCAAUAAGAAUGAUCCUUCAUCUGGAAGGAUACUAUCUGCAACAUUUGCGGAUUUACCUGGCGAGGAACUGAAAUGGGAGAAGAUGGUUAGUUCUCCUGUUCCACGACUAGAUGGUGCCGCUAUACAGAUCAAGGAUCUCCUCUUUGUUUUCGCUGGUUAUGGAACCAUUGAUUUUGUGCAUUCACAUGUUGACAUUUACAAUUUUACUGAUAAUACAUGGGGAGGAAGGUUUGAUAUGCCGAAAGAAAUGGCGCAUUCGCAUUUAGGAAUGGCAACAGAUGGGAGAUACAUCUAUGUUGUGACUGGACAAUAUGGUCCACAAUGUAGGGGGCCAACUGCGCGAAACUUUGUGUUGGAUACUGAUACAAAACAGUGGAAUGAUUUACCUCCUUUACCUGUACCAAGAUAUGCUCCAGCUACCCAACUAUGGAAGGGUAGGUUACAUGUGAUGGGAGGAAGCAAAGAGAACCGAUUCACUCCAGGUGUGGAGCAUUGGAGUCUUGCUGUGGAAAAUGGAAAAGCCCUAGAAAAAGAAUGGCGAUCCGAGAUACCAAUACCCCGAGGUGGACCUCAUAGAGCUUGUGUUGUGGUUGACGAUAAACUAUAUGUUAUUGGAGGUCAGGAGGGUGAUUUUAUGGCCAAGCCCGGUUCACCUAUUUUCAAAUGUUCCCGAAGAAAAGAGAUUGUAUAUGGCGAUGUCUACAUGCUAGACGAGGAGAUGAAAUGGAAAACUUUAGCUCCAAUGCCAAAGCCGGAUUCUCACAUAGAAUUUGCUUGGAUAAUAGUAAAUAAUUCUAUCGUGAUUGUUGGAGGAACAACACAAAACCAUCCGGUAACUAAGAAGAUGACACUAAAUGGGGAGGUCUUUCGGUUUGAUUUAGGAACAAUGAAAUGGUCCAUUUUGGGGAGACUUCCAUAUCGAGUGAAAACCACUCUUGUUGGGACCUUGGAUGGGUUUUUGUAUUUUACAUCGGGACAACGAGAUAAAGGACCCGAUGAUCCCUCGCCUAGGAAGGUCAUUGGAGAUAUGUGGAGAACUAAACUGAACUUGUGAAUUUUUUACCUCAUUCUUAUUAUUGUUUAGUUCUAUAAUAGUCUACAUUUUAAUGUACAACUUUACUCUUGAGUUAUUCUAUUUUUUACAUUUAAAUAUGUGAUAAUUAUAUGUUUAUGGUUA